AUGGAUCGCCGUUGCUGUAUCAAGCAUGGGCUAAAGGUCAGCCAGACACAACCGAUCGCUCGUUUUCCAACCACUGACAAAAGGUGUCCACAAGGAUGGCAAUAUUUUGAUGGAACGGAUUCCUGUUACUGGCUAAGAGAUUUCACCUAUGAUCAAGGCUACUGGAAGCUGGUCGACUAUCAACUCGCUGAUGAAGGGUGUAAAAAGAUGAGCGCACAGCUCGUAUCAAUUCAUUCAGAAGAAGAGGACGAUUUUGUUUAUGAUUUGAUCAGCUCCUAUGUGGGUAACAUGACAAACGUUGUUGUCAACAAUGGCAAUCCGUGUGCCUAUUUGAUGGUAUGGAGUGGAUUGUAUUCGAAGGGAGCCAUCAAUGAUGGAUGGUGGAGUGAUGGGACACCGGUUGACUAUUUGGGAAUCGGUGUCUAUCCGAUGGGACUUGGAUAUCAAUGGCUGCUCCGAAACGAUCGCUCAUGUGGUAGAGCAGAAUGGGAGCCAAACAACUCGGAUAGAUAUUUCGCUCGCUAUGUGUGCAAGAUUCGAUCUGAG